AUGGAUGGUAUAAAGCCUAUACAGGUUGCGGCAGCAAGAGGUAAUCGAGGGGCUGUUGAGAUUCUUUUCCCUUUGACAUCGCAAGUUAAAAGUGUCCAAGAGUGGACUGUUGAUGGAAUAAUUGAACAUAUGCAAUCUGAAACUGGCAGUAAACAGGAAGAAACCAGAAAUCUGAAGGAAGUCAACAUGCUAAAAGAUAACACCAUUCCAAAGCCAGAUAUUCCCGAGGUGACUCCUGAGGCAAAGAAGAAAGCUGCCGAAGCGAAGGCAAGGGGAGAUGAUGCUUUCAAACAGAUGGACUAUUUGAUGGCUGUAGAUGCUUAUACACAGGCAACUGAUUUCGACCCCACUGAUGCUACUUUUCUUUCCAAUAGAAGUCUUUGUUGGAUUCGUCUGGGGCAAGCAGAUCAUGCCUUGGCUGAUGCAAAGGCCUGCAGAGUACUAAGACCAGAUUGGCCAAAAGCUUGCUAUCGGGAAGGCGCAGCUUUGCGUUUAUUGCAGAAGUUUGAUGAGGCAGCCAAUUCUUUCUACGAGGGUGUGAAGCUUGAUCCGGAGAAUAAGGAGCUUGUUAAUGCUUUCAGGGAAGCUGUUGAAGCCGGGAGGAAGUUUCAUGGUACAGACCCGCAAAACUCAUAACAGUGAUUUGCACUGGAGGCACUGAAAAUUUGGUUUGGGUGAUGGGCCUGCAAUUUUGUCCCCAAGUUUGAGAGAGAUUUUACAUCAUUUUCUUUUUCUUGUUCAUCGCUUGAACCCCUGCAGAAAUUCGCAGAUC